CAACUUAGUGACUAAACAACAUUGUCUCCUGCAUCACUCCAAAAGCUGUGACCUAGAAUGGAAGACCCCCGAAUCAAGAAAACCCAAAGAUUUUUAGAACGAUUUUCACAUUGCCUUUUUGGGUCUAUUUGUAAGCAUUGGGUGAGAAAACUUUCGUAUCUUUAGGAAACAGGGACUCACUUUCAUCUCUGAUGAGAAGGCCUGCCAUGAUACUAGAGCAGUUGCAUCAAUCACAGAAGUCUUUUCUCUAGCCUGUAACUCUGUUUUCAUUUUGGUGGUUCACUCAGUCUGCAGCUCUUACUGAGGCCCCACUGGCCACUCUGAGACAAGGCCCUGCUUUCCUGGAGCUUCUAGUCGGGGCUGGAGGGGUAGACGAGGAUGACAGUAAGCAGCAGGAAGUGACAGCUGCGUUGAAGAUUAAGCAACGUGGUGUGAGUGGUGUGAUAAGGUGUGACCGGGGCACCGUGUGGUGGUUAGGAAAGACUUCUUUGAGGAAGUCAUUCAUAAACCCAGGAGUGCAUAAGACAGGAAGGUGUCAGAUGUGUGGUCAUUUGAGGGGAGAGCGGUCCACGCAGAGGGACUAGAACAGAAGCUGAACAAGAGCUUGUGGGAGUCAAGAGCUUGCUUCAUAGCUGGGACUGACAGAGGGUGGCAGGCCAGAGAAGUCUGCAGGACAGGGUCGUGUUGUGCGUGGGGAACAAGAUAAGCUCUCCAGCCCUCCAACUCGCCAUGUGGUGAGUUCAAGGUCUGGUCCAACAGCACAAGGGAAUUCACACUAGCCCUGAGCCCUGAAGAUGGUAUCACAGUCUUCGGGCCGGCAGGACUCACCUGUGGACCCCUGGGAAGGGGUCAGCGAUGACCCAGGCAACACCGAUGGCUUGCCCAGCCUCCGGGACACUGAGCACCCCUCCUGCCCAUCAGACAUCAGGUUCACAAGGCACAGAGCUGCCUGGAUUAACCCCCCGUGUGCACAGCAACAGCUGCAGGAUGCGUCCCCCCAGGUGCCCGCAGUGGGGAACAGAGAGAGCCACACUGCGUCCAACACCAAAUCUCCCUUGGGCACGUCACCCUUGUCUCUUGGGGACUCUGUGGUGGAGGCAUCACUGCCGAAGGGCACCACAGACUCUGUGGGCAGCUCCUCUGCCCGGGGCACAGCUGGCAAUGGCAGUGACUCCUCUGUUACCUUGAAGGAAGAGCGGGCAGGGCUCCCAAGACGCUGUCCUCACACGUCUCUGAUCACGAGCUCCAAGACUGUGUCCGGUCCCCCAUGUCCUGAGGAUGGCAGGGCUUUUUUCAAGCCUUCCCAGCUGACAGCUUCUGCUGAUACAGAUGCUGUUCAAGUUGGCGGAAGAACUGUUUCCUCAAAUUCCUUCUCACCAGAGGCAUUCGUUCUCCCUGUUGAUGUAGAAAAGGAAAAUGCCCACUUUUACGUUGCAGAUAUGAUUAUAUCAGUCAUGGAGAAAAUGAAGUGUAAUAUUCUAAGUCAGCAGCACACAGAGACCUGGAGUACAGAAGAGGCUGGCAGGUCACUUGGGAACAGUCAGGCAGACUUGGAAGGGACCUUUUAUACCCACGUAAAGCAGGAAUCUGGGUCUUCCACUUCGUCUGACAGUGGCUAUGAAGGUUGUGUGUUACAGGUCAGCCCAGUGGUUGAAACACCUACUUUCUCAGAGGUGACAGAAGAGGACCGCAAAUGUGACUUUGAUGACUUCGUUAUCGUAGAACUUGGAGAUUUCAGCAAUACCACAGAGCCCUGUGGAUGUUCCUCCGACACCUCUAAGAGUGUCAUUCAUGAGCCAAACUUCAAUUCUGCUGAGCUAAUAGCCAAAGAGUUAUACCGCGUAUUCAAGAAAUGCUGGAUGCUGGCAGAAGUUCAUUAUCAGCUGGCAGGCUCUCUCGAUGCAGCUGGCUCCAUAGUUGUAAAUGAAGAGCGGGUCCAGAAAGACUUUGAAUCCAGCACAGAAGUCGUCCAGGAAAUUAAACUGAAGUCGAGGAUCAGAGGGACCGGAGACUGGGCACCCCCUAGGUUUCAAAUCAUAUUUAAUAUUCAUCCACCACUCAAGAGGGAUCUCGUCGUAAUAGCCCAAAAUUUUUUCUGUGCUGGCUGUGGAACUCCAAUAGAACCUAAGUUCGUGAAGCGGCUCCGGUACUGCGAAUACCUGGGGAAGUACUUCUGCGACUGCUGCCACUCCUACUCGGAGUCCUGCAUUCCCGCCCGGAUCCUCAGGAUGUGGGACUUCCGGAAGUACUACGUCAGCAACUUCUCCAAAUGCCUGCUGGACCACAUAUGGCACGAGCCCAUCUUCAACCUGCUGCACGUCAGCCACGGCUUGUACACCAGGGCCAAGGAACUGGAGAGAGUGAGGGAAAUCCAGGAGCAGCUGUUUCAUAUCAAGAGGCUGUUGAAGACCUGCAGGUUUGCUGAAAGCACUUUAAAGGAAUUUGAGCAGCUGCCGGGACACUUGACGGAGGCGCUCCACUUGUUCUCCCUGGAGGACAUGGUCAAGGUCAAGAAAGGGCUGCUGGCGCCCUUGCUCAAGGACAUUCUGAAAGCUUCCCUCGAGCACGUGGCCAGCUGUGAGCUAUGUCAAGGAAAGGGCUUCAUUUGUGAAUUUUGCCGGAGUACAUCUGUCAUUUUCCCAUUUCAGACUGCAACGUGUAGAAGAUGUUCAGUGUGCAGAGCUUGCUUUCACAAGCAGUGCUUCCAGUCCUCCAAGUGCCCCCGGUGUGCGAGGAUCACAGCGAGGAGAAGACUUCUGGAAAGCCUACCCUCUGCAGCGACGUGAUGUACUUGACUGUAGCGAGAAAGACCAUGCAACAUGCCUUACGAUCACAUCGCUUGUGUCUCCUGUUGAUAACAUUGUUUGACUAUUGUCUAUUAAGAAAAAAGAUGACCAAUAUUCUCUUUAUUAUAUAUAUUUAAUAUUUUUGGAGACUGUGGAUUCUUUGUUAUUAGGAGUAGAGUUGUUACUGGUGCCAAAGAAUGAUCAAACUACCGCACAAUUGCACUCAUCUCACAUGCUAGUGAAGUAAUGCUCAAAAUUCUCCAAGCCAGG